GUCACGGAAGCAGAAGCUACCGUUUGAUGGAAACAUGGCGUCCGUGACAACAGCCACCUCAGAGUGGAUUCAGUUUUUUAAGGAUGCAGGGAUCCCAGCCGGUCUCGCCGUCACUUAUGCAGUCUCCUUUGUGGACAACAGAAUCCAGAAGAACAUGCUGAUGGACCUCAGUAAAGACAUCAUGAUGGACCUCGGUAUUACAGUCAUUGGUGAUAUCAUUGCCAUUCUUAAACAUGCCAAACAGGUGUACAGGCAGGACAUGUGCAAAAUGGCUACAGAAGCCAUCUCCUCAGGACAGACAAGCGUUCAAGCUGAGCUCAGAAGAACUGCCAAUACUCCUGCCACUCGUAUGAUUGCCAACGCUUUGAGCCAUGACUCCCCGCCGGCCACUCCAGCCCGUAGACCUGACAACCGCCUCUCCGUCACAGUGUCCAACAUGCAGGCAAACAAGAGUAGCAAAGCAGUUGUAAGUCAGCCAGCCGAUGAAGGGAACGGUUUGCCACCAGUGAAGUGCCGGAGAGUGACAGCUGAGAUGGAAGGCAAGUACAUCAUCAACAUGCCCAAAGGCACCACGCCUCGUACACGCCGCAUCCUGGCCCAGCAGGCCAAGAAAGGUUUGAAACGCACCUCUGUAUUUGCGAGACUUGGGGCUGAAUCAAAGGCAGACACAACAACAAGCAAUAACAAGCCCACUGGUGUGUUCAGUCGUCUGGACCGAGAGGAUGAAGUGGAAGACAGGCCGAGGGCUGGAAAGAUAGCUGGAAACAUGGAUGCAGAUGACCAGGACGACAGUGACGGAGAGGGCUCAGUCCUCCAGUAUGCUGGCGUCCUCAAGAGACCCCCUCCCCCCCAGAAGAAAGAGCCGGCCCCCAAACCUGCACCGACCACCCUGCGGUGCCUGGGAGGAAAAGUCAAACUACCUCCCAUUGACACUCCCACCUCCUCCUCCUCCUCCACUAAUGGCCUCCUUCCUGCCAAAAUCAGUGUGCUUCAGAGACUGGGCAAGCUCCCUGCUACACACUCAAACAUAGCUGUGUUGCCUACACCCACUGACACGCAGGACAACAGAGUGACCAGCACCAGGCCCAGAGCCCAGGAGAGACCGACCAUAGCAAGCUCCAAGGUCAGCAGCAGCACCGGGGCCGGAGCAGGUGGAGGAGGUGGAGCUGGAGGUGGAGGAGGGGGAGGAGGAGGAGGAGGAGGCGGAGGUGGUGGAGUAGGAGUAGGAGGAAUAGGAGGAGUAGGAGUAGGUGCUGGAGGAGGAGAGUCCUUUGGGGCACGAAUGGAUGUUAAGGCUAUCAGUGUUUUUAAGAGACUGGGCAAUAAGAGAACCUAACAAAAAAUUUAAAUUAUCCAGACUCUUUCUAUACUUCCUUUAUAGAAUUUGUAUCACCACCUUUUUGCAUUUAUCCUGGCUACACCCAGGACUGCAGAUUGUUAUUAACUGGAGUGUUUUUUGUUCUGCCCGAGUGUGUGGACGAUUUUAAUGGCUUUAGGGAUUUACUCUUAGAUAAAAAAAAUGUAUGAAUUUUUUUUUUUACAUUUUAGUUAUGCUGCCGUUGGAAAAUCACCUUUGUUUACUGUCCAAGCUUUUAAUUUAAGGACUCAGAAGUUCUCCGUGUAUUAUGUUGCUUAACCAGAAAGCUAUUUAUCAUGUCUCAAUCAUAUCAGCCAUUUAUCAUGUUUUAGAAACGUAUGUUUAACUAUGUUUGUGAGUUGAAGGCAUGAGCAUGACGCCAACCACGCCGCCAAGAUUGUGGUUUUUAUUUUACCCCACGACUCCACAUAUAAGGAUGCUGCUGCUUAAACUUCCCCGUUUUUGGUUUCCUUUCUAAUUAAUACAGUUGAGUAGUUUGCAAUGUUGCUUGUCCCACAUGAUGAAUUAUUUGAUCACUGCGUUGUUUGCCUGAAAGUUAAAUAUUGCUGGAAAAAAAAAAUCUUAAGUUUAAGGUGCAAACACAGGAUGGCAGUUGGACAUAAGACUAGCCAUGAGGUGAUGGUGAAAGCUUUCUCUUUCUUGUGACAAUUACCUCAGAAUUACCUCCCACAUCAUGUUUUGAAAGUAGAAAAUGUGUAAAAGUGUUGAUGAAAGGCUUCCGAACUUUGGCCCUGGACUUGUGAGCAGAAAAGGAAAUCCAAAUGGUUACACAGAAUGACCUCUUCCGACACAUGAAUCGAGAAAAAGCAACGCACCAUCCCCUCUUCCUCUGUGCUUCACACCUCUGAGCUAAAGACACCCAAGUCAGCUUUUCUACCAUAGUACUGAACCCUUUCUAAAACCACCUACUUGAAGGCCGGAUCAGUAGAAUAUUGUUUAUUUUGAAAUGCAAUGUAUAGAUUUGUUAGAGUUGAUUUCACACAGAACCUGUUCUGCUGCAUAUUUUUCUGUGUGGAUGUUCUUGUAUCAUGAAUCCAUGAAAAGAAACUCAGAGAUGCCAUCAGGCCUGGUGUCAGGGGGCCAGUGUACUGUAGUUCCAGUAGGUAGUUCACCCUACCCAGUAUAGGUCGUUAACACCUGUGUACUGUUUUGGUCUUUCAGACUUACACCAGAACUUUGUUACCCUGUAAAUAUUUUGAAAUGUUUAAAGUCACACUAAAGAAUUUUUAUUGUUUUAAAGAACAAAGUAGAGCAAAACACACCAUAAACUGUCAUGAUUUUUUUAAAGUCAUUGAAGAGAAAAAAAAAGUUCUGAAUUUGGAGAAAGUGUGCUUGGAAAAUAAUUAAAAGAGGAAAAGGAUCCAAAUGCUUUUCCUGUUCUGUUUUUCUUUCUGCGAAGAAGACAUUAAUAGGGCAUGUCAGUGGCACAUGCUGUACUUUGCCACUCUGAAGUACUGACAUGACAGCAAAGUCAAUAUUUAUAUUCCCCUGGGAACAUUAAGCUGAUCAUUUAUCAAUAAACCUG